GCUGAAUAUACAAGGCAAUGUGCAAAAUGGCUUGAAUUGCAAGUCCGCAACGAACAAAGCUCGGCCCAGAAGUUCAAAAACCCUAGAAAAACCCUAGAUUCCUUUUUCCUUCAUACAACAAUGGCGGGUGGGCGAUUCCGCGAGUUCCUGAAAAAGUACGGAAAGGUUGCCUUGGGCGUUCAUUUCUCGGUCUCCGCGGCCUCCAUCACCGGGCUCUAUGUCGCCAUCAAGAACAACGUCGAUGUCGAGUCCCUCCUCGAGAAAUUGCACAUGGGCGGCAUCGGAUCCUCCACCAAGGACCACUCUCCACCUGAAACGUCUUCUUCAUCUUCGGAUGGGUUUGUGAUGGAGGAGGAUAGACCGGUUUCUGAGACCCAAUCAACGGUGGUGUGGGAGGAGAAGAAGCGGAAUCGAACGGCCGAGCUCGCCGCGUCGACUGGUGGAGCCCUUGCUCUGGCUGUACUCUGUAACAAGGCUUUGUUUCCAAUUCGGGUUCCGAUUACCAUCGCGCUUACGCCUCCGGUUGCGAGGUUCUUAGCUAAGAGGGGAAUCGGCAAGAACGGUGCAUAAUUUUAUUUUAUUUUUUUCUUUUACGAAAAAUUUGUGGUUUUUCCUGGUCUGAAAUAAUUUCCCUUUGUGCUCAUUUGGCAAUUUCAAUAGGGGGAAACAGAGAAAUGAACAAAAGAUAUAAAUGGUUUUUCUUGUUUUUGUAAUGAGAUUAUUGGGUAUUAAUUGAAAUUGGAGUAUGUGCCUGGAAA